UGGUAUUCAAGAUGGAGAGAAAACAACGUAUGUUUUCCGUAAGGUGGUUGUAAACAGGAAAGUUGGGCGAGUUAAGAAUUCUUCAGCAACAGGAAGAGCAGCUAAUGCGAGAUGGCCAAAUCUGUAGCGAGUUCGGAUACGCUACCGAAGGCUGGUCGAGUCAACGAAGUUUGUCGAGAGUGGUUGGUACACGAGGACGGAGCGCUCGCGUACCGUCUUCAGGAUGAAGAAAUCAGAGAGCACUAUACCGGUAAUAAAGUUCGCAACGCGCAGGUCAGGGAGGAUUUACCCAGGGCACGCGUAGAACAAGAAUUGGAAACAUUGAAAUACCAGAGCUAUGUUCAGCAACAGGAGGAAAAAGAUGCGCUUAUUGCAAAACAGGUUGCACUAUCUUUGGAACGGGAAGAAAAACGAAAAGAACGGGAAUUACAAGAACAAAUGAGAUUGCAACUUAGAUUAGAUGACGAGGCAACACAGCUUGAAAUUAAACGACAUAUUCAAGAAGAAAAAGAUGAGGAAUUGGCAAGAAAAUUACAGCAACAAGAAGAAGAAAAUGCUAUAGACAAUCAUGAUAGGCGUAUCGAUGAUCAAUUUUUGCAGGAUCAAAAAAUUGCAAUGGAAGCACAGGAUGCUGAAUUAGCACGUAUGCUUCAAGAAAAAGAACGUGUGAAAAUCAGGAAAGCAAGAGAAAGAGCAAGACAAAGAAAGUUAGAGCGACAACAACUCGAGAAACUGGAAGAACAAAAUCUUAAAGAAAAACCUCAAAGACCAGAUAAGCUGGACUUGAAGAGUACACCAAGUAAAAGCAGAAUGCAAUAUUCGUUAAACUGCCAGCAGUAUCCUGACCCUGAAGAAAUACAGACAUUAGAUGACCCGAUUGAAAGUAUACGAGAAGUACCAAACGUGGCUGCAAUUAUCGAUCCUACUUAUAAUGGAAAUACGCACCGACACACUUCGAGUAGUUCGAGCAGUACAGUAAGCCCAACGUAUGCAUUGCCUACACCGCCGCAAGAGCUUAUGAAUGACGACGCGCCGUGUUACAUGCCUAUACAAGGACAACGACGAAAUCAAAUGCAAUCCCCGUCCCAAGGUCACGAAGAGAAACAUAAACGUAGAGUAAAAGAUGGUUGCAAUCAGCAGUAAGAUAACUGGAAA